UGUCUUUUGUUUUUUGGUAUCCCUGUGUAUUUUGGCUAUCACAAAACUAGGGUUCUUCUGUUUUUAAUUUACGCAUUUAAUGCACAUUGCCAUCUUUUAGAAUUUUUUACUAUUCAACAGAAUAAGUCGAUGUUUGGUGGCAGAGGAGAUAUUAGUUUCGUGAACUGUCAAGAGAUUGCAGUGCAGGAGGGCAACAGAAACUGUACAAGGUACAGACUUUAGUCAUGUAAGAUCUAUGUCAAUGAACCAAAGUAACUAGAGUCAGUCAAGCACAAAGCUGUGAAAAGUGGUGUGAGGAAAGAAUCAUACUGAAUUUUAGGAACAAGUACCUGACUAUGAUACUUUUUACAGAGUGGCUACAAGUUGUAGGACAGUCCUUGUGUGUGCUGAGCGUCGACAGCUGCCUGGCUAUGUGUUGAUGUUUUCAUCCUUUCUCUGUUGAAUGAGGGUAUAACCAUCAAAAAUAAAAUACCUUUCAAAUAGUCCAAAGAUUCUCAACAUUGAACUUCACCUGAUCCAAUCCUGUCAGUUUAUGGUUAAGACAAUAGGCUGAGAAUGGCUAAGGGAUUUAUCAAAGAUCAUGGAGAUUCUCAGUCAGGACUAGAACCUGUAUCUUCUUGCUCUAAAGUCUAGGGAUCUUUUCGCCAUACUAUACCACCUUCUAUGUGUAAUGUGCACAUAAUUAUAAAGGAGCCACAUUAGCCCUUAAAAAUCAGAAGUUUAGAUUUUAAGUAGAGAAACACUCCUGUACUUUAAACAGAAUUAUGUGAAGGACUGUUAACUGCCACCUCCCUCAAAAGACCAUCAGAACAAUCUGAUGAUCAAACAAAACUAAGCUUAUUAAGUCUACUGCACUAAGGGGAAAUACCACUUUUACAAAGUUAGCUGUAUUUAAGAAUGGGAUGAUCAGUGGAAGAUGUUAAAGUAUUUUGAAGUCUGAGUUCAAGUGAUUAAAGAAGGGUCUUUCAAUGCAGGAAUCUGGUUGAGAAUGGGCAAGAUACCUGACAUAACAGAUUAGAUCCUGAAGAAAGUCUUGAUUAGUAAACUAUUGUUCAAUAAAUGUUAAGUGAACUCUUUGCCCAGAGUUCACUUAAAAAGUCAUUUCAAGAAAAGCUGAAAGUUUAAGAAAGCUGGAAGAGGUUCAGGGUUUUAGGAUAAUGCUAGAGGCUGGUAAGGAUUACAUGGUUCACAUGAUUAGGUAGUGGUUAUGUGUCUAACAUUAAAGAAUGGUACUAAACUAGAUUUUGCCCAGAUUAGAUUCUAUCUAGUCUUCUGAUGGAAGAGCUGUUUGCCUAGAUCAGCAAGCUGUCCAAUUAAUGAGUUGGUUUUUAAGGAUUUCCUAAGGCAAACACUGAAAGUAUUUAUUGGUUUUACAGCCUUAUCUUCCAUAGGAGGCCCAACUCUUCCAAUUUGCCAGACACUAAGGAAGUUCAGGACUUUCAGUUUUAAAACAGGGACAGUCCCAGGCAAAUCAAGGCCAGUUAUCCUUCCAUCUGGGCAAGAAUUUCUAGUAACAGAUAGGAAAGUCAUUGGCACAAGUAGCCUCAGUUCUCAAUCCAGAUAAUUAACUGUGUGGAUGCAGUAAUCCCCAUUCUUAGUACGAAUUCAUCUCUUUGUUUUUAAUUCCUCUUCAAGUCCCAGUUAACCCUUUUCUUGAAGUCAAAUCUGGCAGUUUGAUAGUUACUUAAGGUCAUCAGCCAGUUAUCAGGCCGUAUGUGUUAAUAUAAAUUAUAGAGUAAGUUGUGGUACACUUAGCUCAGGGCCCUAUGGGAGUCCUAUUGUUGAAAUUUAUUUCACUGAUGGCAUUCACUUAUUAUAAAAUAGUCCUGCCAAGUAGUGCAGCAUAUGACAUUGUCAGGCAAUUUUUAAAAAUUCAGUUACUCGGUGUAAUCAGUUGCACAGAUUUUUGUGAUAGGCAGAAUUUGUAUGGCUGUUUAUCUAAAAUUAUAGGAACAAAUUAGUUAGCCAUGUGAUUUUUAAAACCAGGCUUAGUAAUUGUGAAUGCUGACUUAAUGAAAGUAAUUUCUUCUUCAAGAUACCGUGAUAUUUCCCAGUUUUAUUACCAUGGCACCAAAAUAUCACGUUUAUUAAAAACCUAAAAGAAAUUAAGCUACCUCCAUUGCUGGCCUUAAAAGAAAUUAAUUCUUUAAAAACCAAUUUAAAACAAAGUGUGGUAGGCUGACUAAUGCUCUCCUUUCCUGCAAAAAUGUCCAGAUCCUAAUCUCUGGAACCUGUAAAUAUGUUACUUUAUAUGGCAAAAGGGACUUUACAGAUAUGGGUAAGUUUAGGAUUUUGAGAUGGGAAGAUUAUCCUGGAUUAUCUAGAUGGGGCUGGUAUAAUCACCAAGGUCCUUAAAGCACAGCAGAUCAGAGGAAUAGACAGUGUCACUAUGGAAGCACUGGGGGAAAAGGCUGUAUGAUGCGAGGCCAUGACCCCAAGGAAUAUGGAUGGCCUUUAGAAGCUGGAAAAGGCAAGGGAACACAUUCUCCUCCGAAGCCUCCAGAAGAAACCAGCCCUUCUAACAACUUGAUUUUAGCCCCUAAGACUCAUUUUAGACUUCUGAUCUCCAGAAAUGCAAGAGGAUAAAUUUGUGUUACAUUUAAGCUAUGAAGUUUGUGUAGUUUGUCACAGUGGUGCUAUGGUUUGAAUAUUUGUCCCCUGCAAAACUCAUGUUGAACUUUAAUCCCCAAUGUGGUAGUAUUGAGAAGUGGGGCCUUUAAGGGGUGAGUGAAUUCAUUCAUGGGUUAAGGGAUUGAUGGAUUAUCAUGGGAGGAGAACUGGUGGCUUUAUAAGAAGAGGAAGAGAGGCCUGAGCUAGCAUGUGAGCUCAGCUCCUGGCCAUGUCAUACCCUAUACCACCUCAGGACUCUUUAGCGAGUUCCCACCAUCAAGAAGAUUCUUACCUGAUGCAGCUCCUCCACCUUGGACUUCUCAGCCUCCAUAAACUGUAAGAAAUAAUUUCCUUUUCUUUAUAAGCUAUCCAGUUUCAGGUAUUCUGUUACAAGCAACAGAAAACAGAGUAAGGCAGCAGCAACAGGAAACUAAUAUAGAAAGUAUCAGGAAAAUGAAUGGCUGUAUCAUGCUCCCUUUUGUCAUUUGAAGUUGCUUUUAUGAGCAAAGCUUGUCUUACUUAGCAACAGUUGCUAAGUAAGUUAACAACUUAAUGCUAGAGUCUGGGAAGGAGCAACUGCUUAAAUCUUCUCAAAUCUGGUGCCCAUACCUUCUAUGGCAGGGGCUUUUAGUACCAUUCUUUAAUGUUAGACACAUAGCCACUACCUAAUCAUGUGAACCAUUUAAUCCUUACCAGCCUCUAGCAUUAUCCUAAAACCCUGAACCUCUUCCAGCUUUCUUAAACGUUCAGCUUUUCUUGAAACGACUUUUUCUGAUUCUAAGAUUAUUUUAACUGUAAAUAGGAGAAGACAUCUGAAAUUUAACUAUGAUCAGAAAUUCAGAUUACAAAAACUUUGUUUGCUGUGCUGUUUGUAAUAAAAUAAUUCCACCAGCCCCUUUUGGAAAAACCUUCAAACGGAUCCAUGAAUACAAGCCACUUAAGACACGCUUUUACACUCACAAAGACAUACUAGAUAUUGGGGCAAAUAUUCUGAAAAAAGAAGAGCAGUUUCAAGAAGAUAUACUCAGAGAACACAUUGCGAAAGCGGAAGCUGAAGUAUGGGCUCAGGCUAAUGAACGUCAAAAACAAGCAGUGGAGAAAGCACUUGAAGAAGCAAAUGACAGACACAAAAUUGAAAUUCAGAUUUUGAAAGAGGAACAUCAAAAAGAUUUACAGGAAGUGACAGCUAAAACUAAGACAGAGAUGUAUCAAAACAUGGAUCACGAAAUGGAGAGAGAGCACUUGGCUGCAGAACAGCGCAUGGUCCACAGAAUCCAAAGGAUUAUGAUGGAAUGCCACAGAGAGAAGGUCGAAGCUGUGGAGAAAGCCAGGGCUGAAGAAAGACGCAUCGCCCAGGAAGCAAUCCAGGCCCAGAAAAGCAAAGCCGUGGAGGAAAUUGUGAAUACUGGUGUCACAGUUAUUAAGGAUGAGAAGACCAGUGUGGCCCGACUGAUGAGGGAAAAAGAACAUGAAAUGAACAUCCUCUAUGGCAUAGCUCAGAGGCAGAGGCAAGAAGAGGUACAGGAAGUGCUUCAAGAAGCAGAGAAAACACAUCAGGCCACUCUUGGCAAUAUGAUGGAUAAACUGGCUAACACCCAGGGGGAGCUGCUGUCUAUAGCAAAACAACUGGGAAUCAUGACAAAUUGGAAAGAUUUCCUAGAGGAGGAAUUACAGGAAACCAGGAUGGCAUUUCAAAAAUACAUCAAUUAUACCUUUCCUAAGCUUUCACCAGGACAUGCAGAUUUUAUUCUGCCAGAAAGAAAGAAAACACCUUCUAAUCUUGUUAUUAAGGAGAACAAAACAACUCUUGAUUAGAAGUCUUCAGUUGAAAUUUCACUACAAAAGACAUCAUUCCAGACUAAAUAAAUUUACUCAAAAACCA